AUUGGAUAAUAAAAUUUGAGUAAUAAUUGUGAAAAGAGGAGAUAUAAUGGAGAAUAAUUAUUUGAGAUCUAAUACAUCAAAUAAAUCGGUAUAUGGAGGAGAAAAUUCCAGUUUUUCAGAGAAUUCACAUAGUUCGUUGCGUAAUGCGGGUCUUUUUGAAAGUAAUGAUACCUAUGAACAAGCUAGAAGCAAAUUAUUUGAAAUGUCGCCGCCUAAAUAUGAACAACAUUCUUUUAAUAAUAAAUAUACAUCAAAUACGAAUAAUAGCCGUAUGUUUUCAUCUAAUGAUCAAUAUACACCGUAUAAUAUAGCGGAAUCAGAUAAUGAAGAUGUGGAUGCUAUUAAACAAGAAAUGCGAUUUGUUAAGCAGAAUAGUGUAAGUAGUACACGAAAUGCUAUUCGAACAGCUAUUCAGGCGGAGGAAAUGGGAAGACAGACAUUAGAAAGGCUAGGAACACAAAGCGAAAAAAUAGGAAGUACAGAAAAGCAUUUAGAUCUUGCAACGGUUUCUGCUAAAAUGGCGGAAGAUAAGAAUAAGAAGCUUAAUCAAUUAAAUAGGAGUGUAUUUAUUCCUCAUUUUUCAAAUCCAUGGAAAAAACAGACACGGCUUAAAGAAAGAGAGCAAUAUAUUCGUGAUCAAUAUGAAUUGGAGGAAAAGGAAAGGGAAAGGACAAAAAGAAGUGAUAGCGAAAGUAAUAGACGCAUUAACGAUGCUCUUUAUAGACAAAAAACUAGAUCGUUUGGAAAACAAUCAUUGAAUGAUAGCAUGCGUUAUCGUUUUGAACCAGAUGAGGAAGAUGAUGAUCUUGAAAAUGAAAUUGAUCAAAAUCUAGCUCAACUUGGCAACAUUACUGCUCAACUUAAAGCAAUCGCUACUGCUACACAAGAAGAAAUCUUAUGUCAAAAUGAAAGACUUGAUAGGAUAUCCGACAAGGGACAUAAAUUAAAUGCCGAAAUUUAUGUUAAUGCAGAAAGACUUAAGAGAAUGAACUAAGGAUUAUUCUAUAUUACUAUAACUCUGAUAUAAUAUCAUUGAGU